ACCACAGUUAGUCCAUCUACAACCACAGCUGCUCCAACCACAACUACAGCUGUGCCAACCACAACCACAGCUGAUCCAACUACAACAACGGCUGCUCCAGCUACAACCGCAGCUGCUAAAACUACAACCACAGCUGCUCCAACCACAACAACAGCUGCAUCAACUACAACCACAGCAUCUCCAACCACAACCACAACAGCUCCAACCACAACCACAGCUGCUCCAACUACAACAAUGGCUGCUCCAACUACAACCAGAGAGGCUCCAACUACAACCGCAGCUGCUAAAACUACAACCACAGCUUCUCCAACAACAACCACAGCAGCACCAACCACGACAACAGCAACUCCAACCACAACCACAGCGGCUCCAACCACAACCACAGCAGCACCAACCACGACAACAGCAACUCCAACCACAACCACAGCUACUCCAACCACAACCACAGCAGCUCCAACCACAACUACAGCAGCUAAAACCACAACAACAGCUGCUACAACCACAACCACAACAGCUCCAACCUCAACCACAACGGCUCCAACCACAACAACAGCGGCUCCAACCACAACUACAGCUGUGUCAACCACAACCACAGCUGCAUCAACUACAACCACAGCGGCUCCAACCACAACCACAGCUGCUCCAACCACAACUACAGCUGCUCCAACCACAACCACAACGGCUCCAACCACAACAACAGCUACUCCAACCACGACAACAGCUGCUCCAACAACGUCAACGGCUGCCCCAACCACAACCACAACCACAGCUGCUCCAACCACAACCACAACAGCUCCAACCACAACAACAGCGGCUACAACCACAACCACACCAACCACCGCGGCUCCAACCACAACCACAACAGCUCCAACUACAACUACAGCUGUGCCAACCACCGCGGCUCCAACCACAACCACAACAGCUCCAACUACAACUACAGUUGCUAAAUCUACAACCACAGAGGUUCCAACCACAACCACAGCUGUUCCAACUACAACUACACCUGUGCCAACCACAACCACAGCGGCUGCAACCACAACCACAACCACAGCUGCUCCAACUACAACGACAGCUGCACCAACCACAAUUGAACCAACGACAGCCACAGUUGCUCUAACAACCACAGCACCUCCAACAACAACAACAGCUGCUACAACCACAACCACAGCUGCUUCAUCCACAGCAACAGCUGCUCCAACCACAACCACAACAGCUCCAACCACAACAACAGCUACUCCAACCACGACAACAGCUGCUCCAACCACGACAACAGCUGCCCCAACCACAACCACAACCACAGCUGCUUCAACCACCACCACAACAGCUCCGACCACAACAACAUCUGCUCCAACCACGACUACAGCUGCUCCAACCACGACAACAGCUGCUCCAACCACAACAGCAGCUAAAACCACAACAACAGCGGCUCCAACCACAACAGCUCCAACCACAACCACAGCUGCUCCAACCACAGCAACAGCUGCUCCAACCUCAACCACAACGGCUCCAACCACAACAACAGCUACUCCAACCACGACAACAGCUGCUCCAACCACGACAAUGGCUGCCCCAACCACAACCACAGCCACUCCAACCACAACUACAGCUGUGCCAACCACGACAACAGCUGCUCCAACAACGUCAACGGCUGCCCCAACCACAACCACAGCUGCUACAACCACAACCACAACAGCUCCAACCACAACAACAGCUGCUCCAACCACAACCACA